AUGGUCAAGGGAAGGAUGGGUUGGUGUGUGUCUUCAGAUGAUUAUUGCGUGAUAGGGAAUGUUUUGUACUCUGCCUCUGAGGCAGUUAUUAGAUGGUAUGAUAGUGAGAAAAGAAGGUGGAGAGAUUUGCUGGGUUUGGUAGGACUACCUAAGAUCAUCACUGGUGAUGAUGUUAGAGGGACUAUUAGAUUGGGUGAUUAUGGUGGAAAGAUGGUGGUUUCUUGGGGUACUACUUUGUGGCCUUACUACAUGAAGAUUUGGUGUGCAGAGAUUGCUCUUGAAAGGAGGCCUGACACUAGUGAAAUUUGGGGGAAAGUUGAUUGGUUCGAUGAACUGCUUAAAGUCGAUAUAUAUUCUCAGGUUGAGAAGGUUCUCUCUAUUACUCUCUGA